AUGCCUCUCCAUAUCAGUGGCUGGCUAGAUAGUCUUCUCAUGGGCUUUGUCAUUGCGCACACGUUUACAUACUGGCAAUUCAUCAAGACGGACCCGAAACACGUCGUGGCGCUGGUCUUCUCUGCUGUCGCAGCUACCACGGCCGCUACGGUCAUUAUCCUGGUGCUAUCAGCCGGAUCCAAGCUGUAG